AUUACAAAUAAGGCCGUUAUUACAAAUGUGACCUACCUUAUUACAAAUAAGGCCGUUAUUACAAAUGUGUUCAAUUUGCUGCGCCCGUGUCGUGCUUGAUCUGCGAAAGGUACUGGGCUCUGGGAACGUGAUUGAUAUUUCAAGCUAAGGCUGGUGAAUCGCUGACAAAUUAUCCUAUUGAGUGCAUGCAUACAGAUGUUUGACUGUGUUUACAUCGCGAAAACUAGAAAUUAAAGAAACACAAAAAAUAAAAUUAUAGAGUGACCGUUACGCCACAAGAAGGUAUGGCCGUAAUCUUGUUUUAAAAAAACUGUUUUUUCUAGCUUGCUUUUUCUUUUUAUUGUUUGUUAUGAAAUAACCAAGUCAACACUUGAUUUACACACUUCGCAAAGCCUCUUUACAAAGAAAAAUCGCGUUUCUUCUUUUAGUAUGUCUAGAAAAGAGCAAAAAAAAAACUGUUUUGUUUGGAUAUUUUUCAGCAAAUAAACGGGCGACCUGUAUCAGCGUGGCUUUACCACACAUAAUAGACUCCAAUGCUUACGAAUAAUUAUUCAAUUCGUUUGUUUUGUCUAAGCUGUUUCAUCAUUAACACUUUAUAACUCUAAUAUCCCUUAUUUAUAUCCCUUCACAAUGCGCUUGUUCAAGGAAACUACAAUUCCUUAUUUGUCCGUGAAGGCGCGAAUAUUUCAUGUGGGAGAUUUGCCACUCAUUUAGUCCGCGAAGUAUAAUAGAAUUACCCAUUCUGCUGUGAAUUUCUUUGAUCGAGUUUCUUGAUGGAUAUCGAGGCUAAAAGGCGAUAAAAGCAAAGCAGCUAUCAAGUGAUUGUUUGCCUUGUGUUCCCUCUUGGAAUCCUUCUCGAGGAUGCUACUAAACCAUACGCAGAAGAUUAUGAAAAAAGACACGGGUCGCUCAGCGAACUGGCACCGCCAGUACCGAAUAAGGCACCGCCUUAUCUCGUGUGCCCUUCUCUCAUUGGUUCUUGUUCUGUUCUUUUUUGGGCAGCUCCCCAGCUAUAGUAGGUACACUACGAAUAGAGUUGGAUGUUACUUCAGCAAAGAUGAAAGGAAGCAUUUGAUGGACCUCGCAUUCCAAAUACACACCAUUCUCGACUCAAUGGAACUGCCACAUUGGCUUAUGUACGGGUCGAUAUACGGGGCAAUGCGCUACGAUGCCCCUCUCCCUUGGGACAAUGACGUAGACAUGGGUAUGCGAAGAGAAGACUUUGAUAGCAUAGACUUCAGGGAAUUCUCAGCGAAGUUUAAAGCGGCUGGGAUCGAAUUUAGAAAUGGACUGGCUCAAGCUGGGAAAUUCCAUUUUACUAAAAUCGGCGGGAAACUUGAGGUGGAUUUGUUUCUAUUUAGAGAUUAUGGCGGAGUAUUGUGGAGGACUGGUAUCGAGCCAUGGCUCUUGUACGUACAUUACCGUAGACAUCAUACAUUCCCGACGUGGCUUGUCAAAUUGCCGUUACCAAAGACAAAGUUUGGAUCGUUUGAGAUAGGUCUUCCGAGAGGAGAGUUUGAAAUUUUGAAGCAUUUGUACCCGGAUGACUGGUGGAAAGUAGUGAAACCUCAAGCUUGCCACGACACGUGACACGAACAUGGAGCUUGAAUGGAGCGUUGUGUGACACGAUACACAUGUGCGACGUUUUGAUAACUGAGAAACUCUACCCGAUAAUACCAUCUAUAUUUUUAUUUUUAACAAACCCAAACAAAUGACAAAAUACCCCUCUAGCUAUGUUGUCAACGCAGGGUUCGGGCUUUAUAAUGUUUGUAAAAUGCUUUUUUUUUUUUUCUCAAUAUGAUGUCUUUGGUACUAUAAAUAAUUCUCUACCAAUCA